UGGCUGCCCUGUUUAUAUAGAGCCAUUGCCGCUCUCUAAUAUAGACUCUGCCAGGAUGGGAAGGUGCUUUCCAGCCCCACGUCACCGCCUCUCCAUUUAAACACCACAUCAGCCUUUAAAUAGGGAGAGAGCUGCUGGGAGGUGCAUGCACCAGAGGCAGAGACUGAAAGAGAGACAGACACGGUCUCUUUGUCAUUCAGUCCUUGCUUUUUCUGCUUAGCUGUUAGCUAGAGUCCCCUCUGCGCUAGUCUGCUGCUCUUAGACCCAAUUACUGGAGCUGUGGGAUUGUAAACUAGCAGUUGCUUAUUUCUGUUAGUUUAUGUAGGGGGAUCUUCACCUCAUUGAUUUAAUAAUCUGCUGAAUUAAAUAGCUUUUUUUUCCUUUUUGUGUGUGUGUUGCUUAGGGAAAGACAACCAAUCCCCCAACCCCAUUUUGAAAGUAUUCUGGAAUCCUUAGCUAUUGAAAGUUGUGCAACAAAUAACUAGUAUAUACAUAUCUUCCCUAUUAAGUGCCCUUUUUGCUGUUGUAAAGUGGUAGCUGAACUAAAAUAGUUCUUAUCCAGUAUUGUAUAGCGAGAAGGUGGGAUACCUAUUUUAUGAUACUUUGCAAAAGUUUAUUUAAGGGUGGACAGACUAAAGCUGUGAAGCUAUACAUAUUUAAAAUGUUUAAUUUUUGGCAAUAAUUGUAGGCUGGACUUCUGUAGUACUAAAAUAUCUGUUCUACAUGAUAAAGAUGAUGGCUAUACACACAUGUUAUUACUCUCCAGGAAGGGCUAGAAUUUUUUUAAAGUUUUUCAUAAUUUUUGUGGAAGUAAUAUCAACACCAGUAUUAUAGGCAAAUUUAAAAAAUGUGAUUGCUUCAAAUGUUAAGUGCCAGGUAGCCCUUCAUAUCAUAACAGAACCAGUCUUAUAUAAGUGUAAAGUGUUUCUGUUGCCUUCAUAUUUUCUUUUUAUUUUGGUUUCAGUCACUUAAGUUAGUCACUAAUUCUGGACAUUGCAGUUUAUUGUGUGUCCUGUAAGCUGCAUGCAGUGUCUGCAUAUGAGGAUUUGAAUAUAAAUGUCAGCAGACCCUUCAAAAAGCACAGGCUGUAUUCUGAUAGUUUUAGGGUUUUUUAUUUUGUUACUAUAUAACUGAAGUAGGCCUUUUUGUAUGUGUGGUGUUUCAGCUCACUAUAUAAUAAAUUGGAAGCAGUACAGGAAAAAAUGAAGCAUCUCUAAACUGCUUUGCAAGCCUCACUAAACUUGAAUUUUCUAUUGUACAAAGAUAGUUAGCUGUACCUGUCUACUAAAACAAUACACCUUUUGAAAAUAGUCAGAAAACAACCAUGUCUGGAAAGUUCAGUUUGUAGCAAUAAAAGAUUAAUCAAAUAAAACCUUAAAAUGUAUCUGAUUGAGGUGCAGGCUAAAAAGGGGUAAAGGGCAAGUUCUCUGUUGGAUUUUAUUUUUUAUUUAAGACUUGACCACUAAAGAGAGUUUAGACCCUGAUGCAGUUAACUUUGUGGAGUUCAGGUCUGAGUCUGGUAAUGGAGUCAGAUAUUUUAACCUUAGCUAGCAUACUAAUGUGAACAGAAAUAUUCUCAAAGAACAUGACUAGUUUAUAGCUUUAAUAUGUCAGUUUGGGGGCCUAAACUAUUACUGUACAAUAGUUUUUAAUGUUUCAAUGUAAUUAAAUCAACACUAACAGUUUUUCUCUACUAAAGAGAAAAUACAACAUUUUGGCUUACAUAAACAAGCAAGGAUUUGAUAGUAGAUUGUUACAGCUAAGUUGUAAUAAAAGGAAUCCAAUAAUUUAAAACUUGGUCAUAAAAAAACCCUUAAAUGUAGUUUCAAGUACUAUUUCUCUCCAUGCACCACCUGCCAGUUCCUGUGGUUUUACAAUUACAUUUAUUUUAAAAGAUGUUAUUUCUCUCUCCUGUUCUUAAGUAAAAGAGCCACACAGAUAGGGUAUACGAAUUCACCAACUUCUUUUCGUAUAGGAGAAAUUGUGAAAGCAGCUAUAUGCAACAUGCAGUCAAAUGCACAAAGUAUACAAACAAACUUGUAAUUUUCUAGUUAUAGGAAUCUUAGUUGUUGCAAAAAUAAGUGUUGAAGAAAUUUUAGGUGUAAUAAGGAGCAUCCCUUUUAAAGUAAAAAAGUAAUUUAAGAAAUUUAAGCUCAAAUGACUUGUAGCAUUUAAAACAAUUUGGUGGUAUUUGUUCUUUGGAUUCUAAAAUGUAGCAUGUGCACUUAUAGCUUUCUUUUCAAAUCAAUUUCUGUCACAAAGUGCGGGGGUAGAAGGCAGGUAAAAUUUCUCUUACAAUCAAUUUGUUCCAUUCCCAGCAGAGGGAGCACUAGUUUGUAAACCUUCAUAUAAAGUUGUGGUUAUAUCAUCAGUUCUCAUACCCAAACAAGUAAAUGAGAAAGUCUGAGUGGUGUUUAGUUUUUCUUAAUCAGUAUGUAGCAAUUAGGACAGAGCUUGUUAAACACUUGUUUAUCAUUCUUGUGUUUUGGGUCUGCAUUCACCUAUAAAUGUCUGAGAUUCAUUAUAAUACAAACGUUAGAAGGGAGGUACUUUCAUUAAUACAAAGUGGGUGAAAGCAUUCUAAUUUUAAUUGCCAACUUGUAAGUUUCUGUUGCAAGCCAUGUUUCUUUGUCUGGAUUUCUCAAACUUUGUCAAGUAGGGGGACUUGCAUAUAUAUGUCUAAAUCAUUAGUUACUCUUGUAAAAAUAAUGAAUAAUGCUGUGUCAGCUGGCUGUUCCAGCACAUUACUAUGGUAGAGUAGUCAGAUCAUUGAUUUGGAGGUAAAGAUACAUUUUUGUGAGCUUUAUAAUCCAUCUCUUCCUUUUUAUACGUACUAGUCAAUUUACGUAAUUUAGGUCCUCUCUUGAGAAUGCGUGCAUCUUUAUAGUUGGUAUUAUGCCUAACAUGUAUAGUCAAAGAAAAGGAUGUGCAUGAGAGAAGUUCUUUACAAACUGCUAUCACAUUUGGGACCUGAGCUGGAAAGAGCAACUGAAAGGAAACAGAUUUCUGUUCAAAUGUUAUGUUUCCAUUAUCUUUUUGACUGAGCAUGAAAAUUCAAAAAAGUUAGAAAGGGUUCUGGAUGAGUAAAAUUCCGUCCAGGUCUGUUCAGUAAUACUAUAUCCAGGAUUGACUUCUGAGUGAGCAAGCAGUUUUUGGAAGGAAUUUUCAGAUUUAAUUAAAAUCUGGGAAUUAAAAUCAUGUGUAUGUACACAAAUGAAAAUUAAGAACUCCAUAGAUUUUGCUAAAAGUAACUUGUUAAUUUUCAUACACGAUGCUGAUUUGAAAUUAAGUUAAUAUUCUAUGCUUCUCUGUACUGGUCAGAAGUUGAGGCUGUGCUGGAUAUCCUGCUCUUUAGGUUUAAAGUAUUGAAGGGAACACUUUGUGGUGUUCCUGAAUGCCCCAGUAUGGACAGCUCUUAAAACAGUUACUGCUGCUGUAGAGGGAAUUACAUUCUUCUGAGCUGGACAGUUAACCAGGUAUAUGCAGUGGUACUGGCGCAAUUUUUAUUGUGGGGGUGCUGAAGGCAGAAACCAUGUAUUUGAGUUGUUUUUACUACUUCAGGGCGGGGGUGCGGCGGCACCACCAGCAUUCAUAGUUCCAGUACUUAUGGGUAUAUGUAGAGGGGGACACCCUGACGAGUCCAGAGCAUUUUUCUGAAUCGUUAGUGCAAUGUUGAAAAAUGCAUGUGUCAAGGGCAUGACAAAAUAUACUGGGGAAAACCUAAGAUAACUCUUCAGAAACUAUUUAUGGUAAAGGAAGAAAAUGUAUAUUAAAACAUUCCCAAGUAGGGAUUAGGCUGUGAAGUUGCUGGCUAUAUCUGAGCAUUGAUGUUUUAACACAUAACAUUACAAAGGUUAUAUUUAUAAAACUUCUUCAGACUUGUUAGGGGACUAAGCUGAGGGAGAAGGAGAAAAUGCUGUUUAGGGCUUUCUUCUUGUCAUCACCAAAGCUCAUUUAAAGUACUCUGUUGAUAGGAUCAGCUAUUCAUUUUGUCCACUCUGAAUAAGAUAUUUAUGCCCCAGUUCUGCAACUAGUUAUGUAUGCUUUAACUUCAAGUGUGUCCUUAGUCCCAUUGAUUUAAGUGAGAUUAUUCAUGUGCUUAAAGUUAUAUAUGUGCAUAACUGUUUGCUGGAGUGUGCCAAUGUCAUCUUCCAAAAAGUGACACCUCUAAUAUACUUAGUAAUGAUGUGCAGAAUAGAUCAAGUAGCACAUCUGCACAGCUGAGAUUGUCAUAAGCCUAAACUGUACAGGUCCGUAAUCGAAGAUGUCAUCAAUGAUGUCCGAGAAGUUUUUUUGGAUGAAGGAGUAGAUGAACAAGUCCUUCUGGAACUCAAAACACUGUGGGAGAACAAGCUGAUGCAGUCCAAGGCUGUAGAUGGGUUUCAUUCAGAAGAACAGCAGCUUUUGUUGCAGGUUCAGCAGCAGCAACAGCAGCAGCAGCAGCAGCAGCAUCACCACCACCAUCAUCAUCAUCAUCCACAACCACAGCAGACUGUGCAGCAGCAAUCCCAGACACAACAAGUCCUUAUUCCUGCGUCCCAGCAAGCACCUCAGCAGCAGGUUAUUGUGCCAGAUUCAAAGUUGAUACAGCACAUGAAUGCGUCAGGCAUGAGUGCGGCUGCCACUGCAGCUACCUUGGCUUUGCCUGCUGGUGUUACUCCUGUUCAGCAGAUACUUACAAAUUCAGGCCAGAUCCUGCAGGUAGUUAGAACUGCAAAUGGAGCUCAGUAUAUCAUUCAGCAACAGCAGCCAGUGGUUCUACAGCAACAGGUUAUACCGCAGAUGCAGCCUGGUGGUGUACAAGCUCCCGUUAUACAGCAGGUUUUGGCUCCUAUCCCUGGAGGGAUCUCCCAGCAGACAGGAGUGAUUAUUCAGCCGCAGCAAAUCCUAUUUACAGGGAACAAAACACAGGUCAUACCCACAACAGUGGCAGCUCCUACACCGGCACAAGCACAGAUUACUGCUGCCAGUCAGCAGCAACCACAGCAACAGGCACAACCACAAGCACCACUUGUACUCCAAGUUGAUGGAGCUGGAGACACAUCAUCUGAAGAAGAAGAAGAUGAGGAAGAAGAUUAUGAUGAUGAUGAAGAGGAAGACAAAGAAAAAGAUGGAGGUGAAGAUGGCCAGGUUGAAGAGGAGCCCCUUAAUAGUGAAGAUGAUGUGAGUGAUGAGGAAGGACAAGAGCUGUUUGAUACAGAGAAUGUUGUCGUAUGUCAGUAUGAUAAGAUCCAUAGAAGUAAAAACAAGUGGAAGUUUCACCUCAAAGAUGGCAUAAUGAAUCUCAAUGGAAGAGAUUAUGUAUUUUCCAAAGCCAUUGGAGAUGCAGAAUGGUGAAGUUUUUAAGACAAAACAAAAAACUAGAAAAAAAGAAAGAUCAGAAAGGUUGAGCCUUGGACAUAAACUUCAACCAAAACUUAUGUCUGCACAUCAGAAAAGAACAGUACAAACAAAACUACCGCAACAAAGGUAGAGUGUGGCAACAUAGACACUACUUCAAAUGGGCAAGCCAUGGGACUGUAGCAGCUACCAUUGUCUGGGAUACCUUAAUUAUCAAUUCUAUAUACAGGUACCUGCAGCUGGUAAUUAGCAUGUAAGGCUUUGUCUCCCUGUUCCUCCCUUUGGGUUAAGGUUUUAAAAUUUCUUCCACUGAACUGAAGGAACUCUUCCCUUUUGAUAUACUCGCAGUCUGACAAUGCUUAUGUGUGUACAAAUCUUUGUUUUGAACACUUACUUCCUUUUGGUAGUGAGGGUGGUCAGAAUAUUAUUUGAACGGCGUGCAGGCUUUGUACAGAAGAGUAAGAAUUAAGGUGAUACAUUUUAAUUAUCUUGUAUAACAAAAAUAUUUUUAAUUAAUUCUGCUAUAGUCAUGUAUAAUUUUAACUACAGUUAAUUUUCUCAAUUCUUCUCCCAUAAACAAAUUCUCAUUCCUAGCAGUUACAAAAUGUAAAAUGAUUACUUAUAUUUUCGAGCCAUUUCAAUUUGACAUGAAUGACUCUUUUCAAAAGUGCUGAGCACCUGUAGCUCCUUCUGAAAAAUCAAACCACUUACUUUAUUUUUAAAAACGUUCUUGGCAUUUGAAGUGGUUCAGCCUGAUGGAGCUCAGAGGACUUUGUGGUAGCUUUCUUUCACUUCUUUAAAAGAUCAGUGUCCUGGAGACCUUGCAAAUGAAAAUUCCAGGUAUUUUGAUCUUAGUGUAUGCAUUCCUCCAACCACUUACUACAUUUACAGCCCAGGCAUCCAUGAAUACUGUUGGACAAAUACUACAGGAAUGGCUAAAUUGGAUAAGGGAAGGUGUAUAUAUGUAGCCAUUUAUACCUUAGCUGAAGUUCUGCUAGUCAGGAAACAGAGCUUAAUUCUAACAUACCCUGUAAUUUUAAAGUAUAUUCUUAUUGACAAGUUAAGAUGUGUUGCAGGGAACCUGUUUAAAAUCUCCAAGUGACAUGCAAUUUUGGUGGUUUUUGUUUUUGUUCUUUUUAAAAGAAAGCAUCAAUGAGGAAAUAGUUUAUUUUGUUAGAGUAAUGUAAGCAAAAAAUUAAAAUAGUGUGUGUCUUGGUAAUGCAAAAAUUAGGUCAUCACAUAUGCUAAACCCUAACGUAAUUUCACUUGUCUGAAAAUGACGUCAUAAAUAGCAAAAAGCUUUUGCUGGUAAGGGCAAACACACCUUUUCUUCAUGUGAUGGUUCUGCUUGCAAUUAGGCUUUCAGGAAUGGAGUCCCUGGUGCAGCAGAGAAGAGGGAAUUGAAAUUCUAGAUCAGACGUUUCCAACGAAGGAAUGAGCAUGCUUUAUGUGGUUCCCCAUUACAACUUAAUGUUCUUAAUAGCUACCUGAAAAGCAAUGAAAAGAAGGCAGAGGAAGGCAAAUGUAACUCAAAUUAGGGAGAACUGCAAAAGCAGAAACUUUACCCACUACUACUUGGCUUUUGUUCUUGCAAAAUUAAACUUUUAAAAUUGCUUUUAAUGAAAUCACAAGUGUAUUUAAUCAGCACUAUAUAUUAACUGUCUUCUGUCUCCCUUACCUGUCUUUCGUUACUGACCUCCAAAUGCAUUCAUAGUCUCAGUAGUUUACAGGAAAUUCACAGCACGUUGCAAGGAAGAAAUCUGAGCAGUUACAUAUGUUUUUGCACCUGUGGUGCCACUAAAUAGAACAAAAUUGUCCUUAAUACACAUGUAGAGCCAUAUGUUUAUUAGUAAACCACCUGGUCUGCAUACAUUGUAAAUGUCAUUAAAGUUCAGUUUCUGGUGUUACUAACUCAUAGGUAAUUAAUGCUCUACUCAUUUAGGAUACAGAUUUGGCUCUGGACUUUAAGGUAUCUCAUGCUGGGUGGCGUUUUCUUUUUCUCUGUACAAAGCAGAAAUUUUGUGUUUUUUUUUUUGUUUUUUUUUUAAUGUGCCACUGUACUUUUAAAGCAUAUGUGAUUACAAUGAAAUCAAUUACUUAUCAACUAAUUAUUACCCUUGCUUCUCUUGUGUAUCUUUGACUAAUGUUGAUGGCUAUCACAAGUAGAUUCAUAGCCUUUCAAAUUACUUAAAUAUGGACUUAGAACAAAUCCCAUAUGCUGCACAAAUCAACCAAUGAAACCCCUUUAGCUACAGAUUCCUGUUUAUGCUACUGGAACCCAAAUUACUGUACAAGAUAUUUAGUCUCUUCUUACAUUUUAGGGUACUUCACCCACAUGUUUAGAGCAGACAUUGCAUAGCCUUUUUAUUUAUUUUAAGGGAUACCACAGCUUUAAAGAUGACUUAAAUUUAGUUUAUCUUGAAGGACAUUUAGAAACCAUCUGUACAUGCACAGUGUCUUGCAAAUUAAUUAUGGUAUGCUUGGCAGAUGAGGGUUUUGGUCUUUUAAUACAAGUACCUGUGAAAUCUUCUGAAAGCCAGUCAAAUAUAAACAUACCAAACUGUGCUCUUAUUGCUAUGUCAAGUGUUCCUUUUUAAAUCAGAAAGCAUGUUUUAAUUUCAUUUUAUUGUAGCAGCUUGCUGUAAGAAUGUAGUUUGCUUAAUUUUAUUAUUGUACUUGAAUUUUAAUCAUGGUUUUAAUGUUGUAAUUGAACAGACCAUUUCAUUAGAUUCCAUUUCUUUCAGAGGGCAAGGGAUUCCCAUGUUCAUAGUUUUUAAAUUAUUAAUUUUUUUUCUUGAAAGUAGAAAAUAGAUUUUUCAUUUAAAUAGUUCAGUAUUAUGAAGGCAAUUAACGGUUUCAAGAGGGCUUAUGUUUAGAUUUGCACAGAUAACAGAGCACCUUUUUUGACUUUAAGAUGGAAAAAAUAGGGACGAUAACUUCAUGGUUAAAAUAUUAACCUUCAGGGCUAAUGGAAAUUUACAGAGCAACUGGACAAAGUUGGGAGUCUUGUGCCUUCUCAAUUUGCAGAUAUUCCUGCUUUGUCAGCAUGAUGAUACUAGAGGUCUAUUUGAUUCCUGAGACAGUAGAUGUCCUGCAAUGCUUCAGUCAUAAAUAAACAUUUUAGCUCUAAUUAUAUUGGCUUUUUAGUGUGUGCAAUCAUUUAAUAAAAACAUCAAAGUUGAAAAGGAAUAAAAAUAUGUUGUCUGCUAAGGAGAUAAUAGAGACUUAGUCACAUAAGGAACUUUAUAUUGGACUAUUUAAAUAAAAUUUAUAACUUUAUUCUCUCCCGCCCCCAAUGUUAGUGGCAAAAUGUCUGAGGUUUCAUCCACCUUUUUCCUGCAUUGUAAUUACAAGCUGCUUUUUGACCUGAGUAAUUUUCCUAGCAACAGAUCAUGACAAGUAUAAAGAUUGUGGUCGUAGGUUUAUUCUCAAAGGGAUUAGAUUUGGUUCUGAAGCACAGUUGCUGGAAAAGAGUGAAUAACAUACUAAAUGUGAUGUAACAGUUUUGUAUCAAUGUGGUUUUUUGUUUUUGUUUUUUUCUAUUUUUAAUGCAGUGUAAGAGUCAAGUAAACUUCCCUGGGUUUCAGUUUUGUUUUGUGAAAGUAACUGUAUCAUCCAUCAAUACCCAAAAGCAAUUAUGUCACCAUAAAACACUAUCAGGAUAAAAUUUUGUUAUUCCAAUGCAGGAGAAAAGUGAGACCCUUUUCACUAGAGUUCACUUUGAAGUUUGUCUUCCAUUUGAAAAAGUUCCUUUUUUGUUGUUUUGCAGAAUGCAAUAAAAUGUUUAAGAAUUAGACCUGUGGCUUUAGGGUACUGCACACUGUGGAUUUUUAUUGGAUCGCCUUAUACAGCUUUGCAGUUUUUUAUAAAGAUUUAAUUCAGAGUUGUUUCAGAUUUUGAGUUUAGUGGUUACAAAAGAUGGGGAAACUUGUAUGUUGUUACAUUUGUGUCUUUAGUCUUGAUUUCCUAUUAUUCUGAGUGCCUGGGGCUUAUGUCCAAGCCAGGCCUUUUUUUUUUCCUGCAAAUCAAGCUACUGUUGCCUAUUCUUUUUCGUGGUUCACUUUUUGAAAAUUUAGUUUGGAUUGGAUAUUGAGGACAAAAAGGAACUUUUUUAAACAGGAAGAACUAUUUUGGAUUAGCUACAUGUGUAGCCAUCCAAAGUUCACUUGUUCCAGCGUGCAUAGGGUACUAAUAAAAAUAUGGGGAAGGGGAAUGUCCUUUUUUGCUGUUCUGAGCUACUAUUGUCAACUGCUGUUGUACAUAUACUGUUAUGUGUAAGGGGGUAAAUAUAUUUAUUAUGUUUGUAAAAUUCAUUCUGUACAAUUGCAGAUCAAGGUUGCUCUUCUGUGAUAUACAGGAUAUUAUGUUUCAAAGGCCAUGCUUGGAAUACAAUUAGAGAACUUAGUAUUUUGAGGUACUAAGACCUAUUUUAAGUUUAAUAUUUUGCCUUUGCAAAAACUUUAAUUAAAGAUGUUAUUUAAAAAAUAA